AUGGCCUUCGGAAAGCUUUACGGUCUGCCUGACAACGGUCGCACCAUCUCCAUCCUGGUCGCUGCUAAGCACAACGACCUCGAGUUGGAGCUGGUUAACACCCAGGCUAACUCUGCCGCUGAAUUCAACACCAGCGCUGAGUACCUCAAGAUCAACCCCACUGGCAAGAUCCCCGCCUUCGAGGGUGCCAAUGGCUUCACUCUUUCUGAGACCAUUGCCAUUGCCGUCUAUGGUAUGUGA